AUGCCUUUCGAGGAUGGCCGACUUCAUCUCCGCUUUGGCUCUGGUCCUUACGCUACAUCGUUUCAGAUAACUCUCAGCGACCGGCAGGCGAUGCUCUACUUGUUACUGCUUUUCCACUUGCCCUUGGUGAGCACGAACUGCAUUCAGUGUGCAUCGCCAACCUUGUUCAAUCAAUGGCAACUCACAGGCUUACCUAGUCAUCCAGCCGGUUUACCGUUUACUCCCCUCUGUAAUAGUAUUGGUACCGAUGAUCCUCCUGAAGAAAACAUGAAGGUCUCUUCCUGUUCGACCGUUUGCUUCGAAAUGGUCAUUCCAUCUGCAAAUCAGUACCAUUUCGUCCGCGGAUGUCAUGACGAAUUCAUUGAAACCGGUGUGACUGAACAGCAGGUCAACUCGGACGAUAAAUGCUUUUAUUCGAAGAAAGGCGACCAGCUGAUCACAAGUACUGAUGGCAAGAUUCAAGUGCCUGCAGUGAGUACGAUUUACGGUUGUGGCGUCAAAUAUAGUCGACUUCGGCAUUCAAGCCAAAAGCUAUGA